UCGCCAGUCGUCUUCGAUUCGUUGGCUGGGAGAGAUGUGGAUCUGUGCAAAACGCGGAACCGCCGUACGAUUAUUGUCCUCCUAAGUGUGUUUGCAUGGGUGUGUUUGUGUGUGCGUGUAUGGUGGAUUAUCCUGCGAGUUACUUUUCUGCAAUCCUUUUUUUUUUCUCGAUUGCUACGCGGACUGUUCUAGUUUUUAAUGAUUUUUUGCACUAUUGCCUCCAGUUCGGGAUGAGUGAAGUGUUGAAAACAAUGAAACAUUCAGCAGUUGGUGUAUCGAUUUUCACCGCUCGCUGAUUCCUGGUUCUAGGUUUGGAGACUACGCUACCAAUAUGUGCGCAUAAAAAGGAUUUUACUCGACGAGUGGGACUACGGCUCACGGUCGUGGAACUUGGGCUUGCCGAGAUCGACCGCUCGGGACGAUUGGUGUUUUGAGGAUCGCUCAACCAAAGAUCCUCGGUGCAAAGGUGAAUUUUCAGCUGUAUCGAUUAUUAGUUUUCUUCCUUCUCGCUGUCCGUAUGUUUGACAUCGGUGAGUUGGUAUCUGUGCUCUGAUAUCGGUGCGUACUUCUUACGAAGAAAAGGAAGAAGAGUUCAUCGCAAAGUCGCAUCCCGUGAGAAAACCGGAGAGUGGCUCCCCAGCAUCACCGAGACCGUUUUAUCGCAUGCAACUGUCAAUUUGAGGCUCCAUACGUGACCUGAUAAGGAGAGCGGGCGAAAACCCGAGAGAAGCUGAGUUGAGAAUCGUGGACUGCUCUGAGUGUUGCAAAAAUCAAGUGCGCUUCCGAAAGCUUUUCAGUAUACUGAAAGCCCCCAUUUUCCUUCUGAGUGUAUAUCCCAUAUGUGUAGGGGAGAAUAUAGUGCUUUUUUUCCUAGAGAGCUUGUGAGAGAAUAGGAUCACACGUACGUAUUGUGUAAUAACAAACAGGCCCACGAAGACGACAUCGAUGAUGGCUGGAUGAUAUGCGCUUUUGAGGCUGCGAGUUCAUUUAGGGCUGCGCUCCCGUUGGUGUCCACCCUCCUCCCAAUCGAAAGCCAUCACGGUGCGUGUGCCCGUUUGUGUGUGUUUGUGUGGAGCCAGUCGCAACAGCAGCAGCCAAGUGAUCACAGAUUUUAUGAAGGACUUUCGUGAGUUGUAAAAGUAACGCUAAACUCUAGUCUAAUCAAACCCGAAAACCGCACUGAACCCCCCAAUCGGCUGUGUACUUAAAUGGAAAUCAACAUUGACAAGGAGACUUAAACAAUCAUCAACGAAUUGAUGUAGGAGAAAUUUUGAACCAGAAAAAAUACCAAGUAACAAUACGUUUAAGAUAUUUUGAUCGUCCCGGAGAGUGAUCGCAAGUAUGGCCGCCGUAGUGUACGGUACCAGUCCCCGGCACAGCAGCCGUCAUCACCAGCCUGGCCCGGGACAGAGCCACCUGGUGGCAACCCAUUCGCCCUACCAUCAACAGCAUCAUUCACUGCCACCCCAUCACUCGACGACUUCCUCAAUGACAGCGGCCGCCGCUGCCGCUGCUCUAUCCCAGCAAAUCAUCACACCGCCGACAUCGUAUCUCUCCACCUCGACGACCACCAUUUCGUCCUCGACCCACCAACAGACGAUCUACUAUCAGCAGCAGCAGCAGCAACAACAGCAACAGCAGCAGCAGCAAAUGAUACACUAUCAUAACAUGCGCAAUUCGAAGCGCAAAUCCGCCGUCGAACUGCUCGCCGAAAGUAAGCCGUUCUACGUUAAAUCGGAAAUGGUGCUGGACCGUCAGCAGCAGCUGAGCAUGCGCGCAAGUGGCUCAGGACCGGUGUCUGGAUCAUAUAUGCUCUCACCGUCACGCACGCUUCCCCAAUCCUCUGUUCAACUGCAGCAGUCCUCGCACCACUCGCAAUCUCAGCAGCAGCAGCAGCAACAGCAGAGGCCAGCAAGCCGACGCAGCGCUUCAUCCGGAUCCGAUUUGCUGCAAACGAAGCUGCGGAAGCUGCUGAACACCGCCGACAGCAAAGAGACAAUAAUUCCCUCAGACGUAGCCCUCAAUUCUAAAUACGGCCCGCAGUCGCUGGAGAGCAGAUAUCUCGGCGGGGCAGGCCUAUCCAGCAACGACUGUAUGAACAAAAUUGGUUACGUUCAGCCUCCCAAGAACUACCAACAGCAGCUCACCGUGCACCCGGAGCAACCAAGCGAUGUGUCGGUGUUCUUUCCUAGUGCGUUCCUAUCGCCCCAGUCACUGCCACCGCAUCCGGUAGGGGACGAUGAUCUCUACUUGUACAGCGUUCACGACAGCCUGGUGCUGACCGACGAUUACCACGCGAUCAGUCCACCGGCGGAGUACGCCGAGAACAGCGCUUCACCCGAGAAGCACAGCAACAGCCACAGUCGCUACAAUUACCAACGCUCGUAUUCGCAUUCUCAAGCGGUAGUUCGCCAGGAUGAGUCGGACUACUCGACCACUCAGUCGUACAACAUCAACAGUCACAAAUCACUUCCGGAUCUACACUCCCAAAUUAGUCGUCACUCGCCCCAUUCGGAAGCCCUCAGCUGCUGCAGCCGCGGCAAUCGUUCCAAUCGCUCUGGCAGUUCUUUCAAUCGUGACUCGGGAGGUUCCUCCGGGCACUACACCCAUCACAGCGAACCGUGCUGUAAGCAACAACAGCAGCAGCAACAGCAACAACAACAUCAACAGCAACAGAAGGACGCAAUGAUGAUUGGUGGAACAGCAGACUAUCGACGGGACAGUGGUUCAUCAACGCAGCACAGUGGAAACUCGUACUAUGCCUACGGGAUUCCACCCUUGCGCUACGAUUGUAUCGAAUGUCGUGCGAAAAUUCGCGAGGAAGCUGAUUGUUUGCUGAACUUCACAACACCGGAGGUUCCCGAGGCCUUCCAGGAUGACUACAGCGAAAAGCAGAAACAGCAAAAAUACUACGACGACGUUCGAGAUCGGAGUUCCACAAUUCGCAAAUACUACAAAUCUGCAGGACCAAUGUCGCCGCUCUCGCCUGUAUCCCCACUGUCUCCACAAGAUCAACAACUAGAUCUGAGCCCUCCGCUGGGAACGUUCAAGCGUCAGAAAUGCCUUCGGUUCAAGAAUCGCGGCCGUCAAUCGGCAAUCAGUAACCCCAACUCUCGCUGCGGGGACGGUCGUGGUAGUUCCGGUGGGGACGAAGAUCGUCGACCUAUUCUCCGGUCCAAGAGUGACAUUAGCGAUCGCUACUGGAAUCGUCUAGCGGAACGCAGCGAGCGGGAUCGAGAACGUGACCGCGAGAGGGAGCAACAGAAGCUGCUCGAGAAGCAACGGUCCCGCUCGGACAGUCUAACCCAGCUGGAGCAUUUCUUCGACCGAUUGGGACUAAACGACGAAACGUAUGAACGAUAUAUUGCUCCGUGCAAGGUGCGCAAGGCACCCAACUACAAAGCCAGCUCCGGCAGUGACAUGCACCGUCUAUCCGCCGACGACCCCAUCGAUUCGGAUGAAUCGAGCGCUGUGUUCUUCUCGGACGUUAGCACCAUCGAUUCGACUCGACUACCGGACAGUACCGAAACGAGUGCCGAGCAGCUGCAGCAGCAACAACAACAACAACAACAACAACAGCAUCAGCAGCAGCAGCAACAGCAGCAAACCCUUCCGGGACAAAUCGGUGGACAGUUGAACAGUUUGAACAAUCCAGCCUUGUACCGACCGAGCGAACCACCGUCGAUCAUCGAACGCAACGCGCGCAUCAUCAAGUGGCUGUGCAACUGCAAGAAAAUGCAGUUGACAUAAGGCUGACAAAGCGGCGGGCGGCAAUCGAUGAAGGGUGCUGGUUUCUCCUCCAAAUUGGUUCGUUUCAGGACCUUCGACGGUAACCUUUGAGGUGUGGAUUCCGUUGUUUCAAACGAAUUUCAUCGGAAGCGAAACCAGUCGCCGGUAAUCGACUCUUGCCGAGACUUCCGCCGGUAAACCAGUAUAGCUGAGCAACUUCUACAUAUUGCAAAUGUAGUUCGUUAUUAGGCGUAACGAAACUCGGAAUAGGAGGGGGUGUAGUGCUACUGAUUCAUUGGAAUACGCAAUAGCGGACAGAAUAACCAAAGAAAGAAGCUACGUCUUAUUGUUGUUUUAACAGAGGUUUUAGAACAGUGAUACGAAAUCGGAUACAGGAAUAGUUGUGGAUGGGCGCGAAUCACAGAUCCAAACUAAAUGAACAGCGAGUACACAGUAAAUCAAAACCAAUUGAAUAUUGACAUUCAUUAGUGCUAGAGAUCUAGAAAAAAAAUCAAAUACUAAUAUACGCUAAGAAAACUUACGAUCAAAUCUCGCCCCCAACAGUAGUGAACCAACGAGUGUCGAAUAGUUAAUCCUCUUUCGUCGUUUGAAACAAGAACACACAUAGCCGUUCAGUGUCAGUGUCCUCCGUUUCCGUUCUAGUGGUGUGAAAUAGUUUCACCGACGGUAAAUUCCUCAAAGCUCGCGUGUUCCACGAUAGAAUUUUUCGAACGAACUUGAUUAGAAAAUGUAUCAUGGAUUGCAUAACCAAUUCAUGAUCCAUAUUCAUUUGCGAAUAGUUAUUACACGAAGAUUAAACAUAUUUCCGGUGCCAGCGAGAAGUAAUUGAUUCGACACCGAAAGCGAUCAUGACGUUCUAGUUCGCCUGCUAGUGUGUCAUGAAACGUUAACCGAAGCAGAGUUCUAUCGUAUUCGUUUGUGUCAUGAUUCGUAGCAUAUAUCAACAAACGAAUGCCACUGGGGGAAAUGAAUUCUGCAAGAUCAUAUUUGAACAAACGAAAUUGAGUUAUUCAGUGGAACGUUAAAAUAUUCGAUCGAACUAGAAAGUUUCUGAAGUUUGAAGUUUGUUUAGCAAUGUGAGUAUUACUUGGGGUGAUUUUUCAAACUCAGUGUAUGAUUUGGAAGCGUUUCUUGAAAGUCGUACUGUAUCGUUCAGGUUAAAAUUUCAGCUGCUUUCAUAAUGUCCACUGAAUCUUGGUAUGUCUAGCGAAAGCUCUCUCUCCAAAACAUCGUCGUAGACAUUUGUAAGCUAGAGAAUCGAUUUUUCAGUUCGCUGUCAGAUGCUGACAUGUGUCGAGCUUGAAUUGUGCAAAAAAUUUUGGCUUCUUCCUUAAACGAUUUUGAUCGCAUUUUUAAUUCCCGUCGAAAACCAUCGAUUCACUUCAACAUGUUUCUCCUACAUCGUUAUAGCGGUUCUUCGGCUUUCGACUAGACUGUUCUUUUCAAUAGCAAGAAAAAAUAGCAGUGCACUGAGUCUGGUCACAACCUCACCCAGAAAUAAUCCCUUAGUUUACAAACAUUUCUACGCUUUAUUUCACUUAGUACUUCAGAGUACAGAUGAUUCAGAUCUCUGAAACCACAAACUGCUGGUAAAAUGGACCGUGAGCUUGAUCUAGUAUUCGAGUUCUCAUUCGAGUUUCCCAUUCAAAAAUAAAAAAAAGAAAGAUUUAUUUACAUGAACUUUUCAAUAGUGAGGUUUGUCACUGAACAAUCGCCAAUCGCUGACGAGUGAAGUUCAUUCAAAAUCUUGAAGAUUUUUAGAAGGAAGGAAGGUAUUGAAUUAAAGAGACUUUAAACUCUGAGAGUUCAUUCGUCUCUUAAACUUUUAGAAACAAUUUACAGUUAGUUACCUUUAAUUUGACAUCUAGCUAAUUGGACAGACCUGUAAUGCGACACGAAUAAUUGAACAUUUUUGUAAACACCGAGUUUGGGACCCAAAUUAUGGACCCAGAUUGAAAGUCGCCACUGUACCACUGUCAGCGUGAAUGUCCAAUAACUGGUCACAAUCAAGGCGCUUGUAUAAAUGUAUAACAAGUGAAGCAACAUCAUCACUUCAUAGAGAAGGGGAUUACGGUUUGUGGAGCGGGGGUUGUUUGUUUUGUUAUUGCUAGGAUACGCCAUUUUUGUAUUUUCACAUGCAAGAGUAGUGGAUGAACUGGAUGAGAAUGAAAUUCUACAAAAUCAUCCCGUCUUUUUCACAUAAAUUCGCGAAAAGUAGGCAUCGUUCGAAUAAGCGUCGCAGCAGUUUGUAGAGAGCCGCCAGCAGCGUUCUGAUGCUGUUUGUAAACAAUACCGACAGCAAUUCCAAUAUGGCUGAAAGUGCAUUCCAUAUGAUUGUUUCACCUGGUAUAUAUAGAGGCGCCUUGGUCACAAUCACCCCUCUGUGGAUGAAACUGGGGCAGACCGCCCACUUUGCCCCCCGUACACUACACCACUGAGUUACUCGAACGAUUUUCCUGAACUCACUUCGAUAUAAGCACAAAACGUAUAUACUUCAAGUAAGACCAUCACAUACUGGAAUCAUAUGACGCUCAACGUGAAGGGGUACCCCGUUGAUAUUUGUUCACACGACCUGGUGGAUUCGAUAGACACUCGAUUCAAUCAACCGAACUUGACCAGCAUUGUUAGUGACUCCUCGACCCUAUCGCUCAAUAUUUCGGCAAUAAAGAGUGUAUCGAAAAGUAGUCUUAAACUUUCAAACAUCAAAAUAAAAUCGAAAACGUUCAGAAAGUGUUUACAAAAGUGAAUUUUAUUGAAGAAUAUUAAGUUUAGAUAGUAAUGAAAUCAAAAAAAGUCACAGGAGGGUUGUGUCUUAGACACGACCGCAUAGUUGACGUAGGAUUCCGUUAGGCUAUCUGUUCAUUUUCGAUAUGUUUGAUGAAUUAAACUCGUUGAUAAUGAUUUGGAGGCCCUGAAAAGAGCCGUUUUGUUUGGUUGUUGGGUAUUGUUUGUUCACUCCACCAGUGUUUACAACCGAGUGAUGAUGACAGAAGGAUGAUAAUUAGUCGUUAGAUGGUGCGUAACAGAUAAAAGAUGCCGAAGUGGAAUGAGAUAUGAUGAAAACCGCCCUGUGACCGUAGACGAGAUGCCUCCUGUGUUACGUAUGGAUGGAAUAAAGAAAAAAAAACUCAUCAAUGUAAUAUAAAAUAAUUAUCAAUACCGAACACAAUUAACAAUUUUUCUCAUCAGUAAAAACAUGUACAUUAAUAUAGAGAAAACAUAUCUGAAAUGGGAAAGUUAAUUUCCUUUUAUAUUUUUUUCUAUCUGAGUGUUUAUUCAAACCAAUGCGAAUUUUAAUUGAACUAACAACACCUAAUACUAUAUGUAAAGCAUAUGGGAAAUCACUUUUUCGAAUAUUUCUUCACAUUUCCAACUUUUAUCGCCAUAUGAACUUUCAUUGGGUGAAAAUGAACACAACAGGAACACAUCUUGGUUUCUAUUUAUGAAAAUUGAAGUAAAUCGUUUCAUAUAUCAAGUCAUUUUUAACACACAUGCUACCAUAUACAAUUUUACACUUACACAUGUGCUAAAUUUUUCACAAUAUACGAUCGGUUAUUGAUAUGAAAUUUCACGAAGUAACCAACAUUAAAGUUUAAAAUUUAAAUUUCAUUUGCUAGAAUUAAUCGUAUCACUCACCUACUUGCAAUAUAAACAAUCCCCUCCCCCCUUGCAUAUAUUUGCAAUGCCGAUUUCCCCCGGGCAGCUUGGUUUAGAUGUCUCUGUUAGGGAACACAUUUCGGUGGGAACAAAAGCUCCCCCUACUUUUAUGUAUUUGCAAUGCCGAUUUCCCCCAGGCAGCUUGUUUUGAUGCCUCUGUUAGGGAACCACCGCAUGUAUCGUCAAUUUCGACUAAUCAGAUGUGGGUACUUUCGUUAGGGUAGGGGUUGAGAUUUUUCAAUUCUUCGAUAAUUAGUUUCAUGACAUAUAUUAUUUUAUUCAAUAUAAAAAAUUGUUAUGGAGUGUCGAAAUCGAUGGACGCAAAAAUUUCAUCAAUUCAUCAUAAAAUGACUGAGCGAUACGCAUUUGAAAUUGGACAAUUUUCAAGAUGUGCUCGAUUUUUGAUUUUCAAUUUGUACCCCAAUAUGUUCCCGAAAGACGUAAUCCUACGCCAAAAUCUAGCCCAUUGUUGGUUUGUUUCGUCAUCCAUGAGAAUGCACUGGUUAGGAUUGUUCAAAAUACGCGCAUAUAGUUUUCCAGCUCGUGUUUUAGCGCGAUCUUGCUGCUCUGGCAUUUGUUUGGCCACCUUUUGCUUUUUAUAGGUCUUUAGACCAUGUAUCUGUUUGGUCCGCUGUAUCAUUCCAACACCGAUUUUGAACUUCUUGGCCAAAUCAUUAAUAGAUGCACCUGUUCUUCUGAAUAUAAUUUACAACUUUUCGGUCCAAUACAGGACACACUCAUUACCAAACUUUGCGACUAACUUUGAUUUUUUUUUGUUAUUUUGUGGUAUGUAACACUCUUUUCGGUGCACCAAUUGUGCAGAAUUUUCUUUUUUUGUUUCCAAAUCAAUCCGCGACUAACUGACUUGUAUUUCGAUUUUUGACAUGUAAACAAAGCAUGCUCUGAUUACACGACAAUGAAAGUUCACCCGUUUGUGUGUAAUAACGUGUUGAAUGUUUAAGAUUACUUUUCGAUACACUCCACAGUGUAAAACAUGGCAUCGUCAACGUCUACUCGCGUAGCUGUUUUAGCUCUCUCUAGCUAUCCCUGACCGGCUUAUACCGCUGGACGGGACAUCUUGUUCGAUCGGGAAAUUCCCAUUCACUGGAAUCGGUACCAGUAUGUACCAGGUACCAGGAUGUUGAAUAGUCUUCGAGAAAAUCGUGUUGAUGCUCACUGUUUUGAGUGUGUCGAAUUUCAGAACCAAUACUUACUGCUAGAGCCAUCUAUCGACAAACAGUGGGAACUCAGUUGCACACCUAAGGCCGUCUACACAUUAGGCAACAGCAACCCGAUCUAUGUUGGCGAUGUCAAUCGCAUCGCCAACUCAGCUCUGCACAUUGAGACAACUCGAACGCGAUGAAUUCGUUAAGUUUUUAUCCGUCAUCAUAAACUGCCUAAUCGCUGGCAGAGAUGCCAUUUAUUUAACUGCCGAAAAAAUCAUACGGAGAGCAAAUUAUGAAAAAUUGGUUUGAAAAAAACUACUUUACUUGGGAUUUUUCUUGACACCAGGCAAAGAAAAAAUAAAUAAAAACUUAAUUUCACAAAUCAUCGAAUCAAAUUGAAUGCAUACGCGGCUUCUUAAAACUACAAUAGAAUCAAAAGGGCACAUUUGAAAUACAAUUUACACUAUAGUAGAAAAAAAAUCUGCUUAUCUGGCAUUCCUGGAUGUACUUUUUUCGAAGGUGUUUCAUCUCAUAAAUCAAACAAUAAUACCAUUUUUAUUUAAUAUUCCUUCGUGUGUACAAUAGAUUUCAGAAUUUCUUUUGGGUUCUGCUUUUUUUCUAAAUUCUAAAUAUUUCUAAAAAAUGGAUGUAUAUAUUUAUUUUUCGUUGGAGUAAUACCACAAACCAGCAAACAAUAUUUACAAACAUAAAGAAAUCAUUGAAAUAAGAAUACAGCCGAAAAGAAUUAUAUAAAGAAAACAGAAAAAUUUUCAACAAUUCAUCUAAAGAAUGAUUUAUGUAUACACUAACGCUAAAUAUGAAAAAUUCUCCUAGGGGUCACAUAUUCGCAGACCGCACCUUCGCACAUGGUACAAUCGAGAAUCAGGGAUGAUAACGGUUUCCCGGGAAAUCUGACCAGAAUUAUCCAAUCUUAGGCUAUCUGUUGGUAUUUGUUGAAUCAUUAUUAUAACCGACGGCAUCAAGCUAAAGGUGACAUAUUUACCUAACAUACUUAUUUCGGCUCGCUGAUAACAACAGACAGCAACAAUUGCUGUUAACUUGGAAAAAACACAUCCAGCGGAUUCUGUGCUUCUUGCUCGAUCUCCAAUAUUAUACGCAUCCUUGACCAAUUCAGCACUCUUCCCGGACGGUAUAUCAAGAGAACUUGCAUAUUGAUGGCAUUUCCUAACGUCAAACGAAUAUAUAUUAUAUAUAAACUAAACCAAAGUAGCAAAAUACUUACAUCUCGUUCGUUCAUAGAAACAGAUGCGCCAAUAUUGUAAACACUGUUUUGCAUCACCACUGACAGAUAUUGAAAUUCAAUGAACGCAGAAAUCAAAACGUCAACAACAGCAAUUGAACGAAAAAGUUGUCGACACAAAUCGCGUGCGACUCGACAUGCUAGGUUGAAUCGAAAAAGUUGGUCCGACCUAAGUUGCCAGUUGCCUAGUGUGUAUGCUCUCAUUUGAUUACACAUGCUCUCAUCUUAUUUGACAUAUUCGUUAAGUUGCUUUCCAACUUAGGUUGCCUAGUGUGUAGAUGGCCUAAUACAACAAUUCGAGUGAGCUUCGAGCUCGGAAAGAUGUACCUCUUAAACAGGAUUCUGAAUUAUGCCGAAAGUCUCCACAAAUUGAUUCACAUCAGUGCUGUGUUCCCUUUUAUUUCGGUCGAAAAAAGCUCAUCAAGCGGAUAUUUUCAAACAUUGUGAGAUUCCAAAAAACCGCACUUGCUCAUUGCGGCGUUAUACCAAACUGCGUAUACUGGAAAAUGUCAUAACUGGUUCUGAUUUAUUAAUUUUUCCAGAUUAUGUGUACUCGUACAUUUAAAAACAUCGAAACUAGUUAUUGAUCUCAUCAAAAUUGAAAGUCAUUUGAUGGAUCGUCUUUAAUUUGAAUGCUGUUUGGAAUUGCGAGCUCCAGAAUACAUUUGGUGUGAGCGCAUAAGAAAAAAAUUAAAUUCACAAUAAGUACAAGAAUCCGAGAGAUGCAUCGGAAAAGGAACGCUACGAAACGAAAUGUCACGGAACUGACACUGAACUGAAACCUGUGGGUUGAAUUUUAAUCACUCUGUUUUGACAUAUAAUCAAAUAUAUUUGCAUUAUUUCGAUCGUAAACACAUUCAAGAUAUCUGUGGCAUUUUAUGUUUUCGGUUUGAAAUUAUGUUACGAAUGAAUAUGUUGUAACCGCUUGCGUGUUAUCCGUAGAAUUUCACCGGAGAUUAUAACUGCAACUGAAGACGAGAAACCUUCAACUUUUUAAGCUGAGUUUCGUUCCAAACUCAAACUCAUUCUCUUACAACCCCACCUUACCAUCACGUAAGACACGGAGCAGUUCGUUGCGUCGCAAAGAUCCCAUUUCCUCUCAAUGAAACUACUCUUCGACGCAACGACAACUGACUGGCCGUGAGUAUUCAAACCCCGGAAAGAAAACUCUGUUUGAACGAAAUUGACUUUUCGUCCGAAUCUCAUGCGAUUCGACAUCUUAUGAAGCGAAAAAAAUUAAAUUGUUUAGGAAUCAUUUACUUUUGACUUGAGUGUUUAGAUUUAUUAGGAAACAUGAAACAAAUAAAGGUGUAACACGAAGUAGAGUACCUAUAUAAACAUAAUUUAAAGUACUAUUUUCUAGUCUAAUAUAUUAUGGAAAAAAAAAACAGAAUCAAAUACCUAAUUGAUACAAGCAUAUUACUAUCACAUAAUAAUAAAUCGAAUUAAUCUACUUACUAAUUAGUUGGUAGAGGAAAAAGAUAACAAACCCAAAACAACGCUGUUCAAAUUAAACAAAAGAAAACAAAUGUUCGUUAAUACUCCGGAAAUAAUCUUCACAUUUAACGAUAAAGACGGAAACAAACAAAAAAUAUAUAACGAAUAAGCGUAGAUACAAUGAUACAAUGAAACACAAGCGACAAAUUCUAACUUUUCCUUUCAUUCGUUAAGUUGCUGAAAACAUACAUACGCCCAGCUAACGCUUACCCGUCUCAAUAAACAACAGAAUACCACAUAGCUACGAUUCGCAAACCUAGCCCCUCUAGCCCCUAGUAGACCAGCAAUCUAUCGUCAGUACCCAACCGAUCAACUCAAGCAGAAUGCUAGGAAAUAAAAUAGAAAGUGCUAUGCAACGUAGAAUCAGAUGAAACCAAUUUAAAUCUAGCUGCAACACGCGUACUGUAGAACAACUUUAAAAUACACCCACACAUACACAAAUAAUAAUCAAAGAAUUAACAGCAGAAGAAAAACGAAAAUAAAUCAAAAACUACGAUCAAAACUAAGCAAAAUAUUACCAAAUGCAAUAGCAAUAAUAACAAGUAAAACAAAACUUUCCCCCUUUGUAGCGGUUGCGCCGAAGAGAAAUAAAACAAAGUAAUGCAAACAAAACAAAGCAAAAGGUGAAUACAAUGUGGAAUAAUUUAAUCAAAAACUACAACGUGGCAGAUCUGUUUGGAAUCGCAUACAAACCGUAGCAUACACACGCAGCAUCAUUAUGAAGAUCAUAGGAAAAAUCAAUAAAAAUGAACAAGUAUAGAAACGUGACA